AUGGAUUAUAAUCUUCGCUCCCAUCUGCACGAAAAUCUCGGACUACAUGCACCUCAACCCAUAUUACUCAUUGUGGUUCACACUGUUGCAUUCGCCACCAAUUUGUUCCGUGUGGCUACCCAUUAUGCCACCUUAUGGUGGGAUGAUUUCUUCGCCACUGCCGCUACAUUCUCAGAUGCAGUGCUCUGUAUAAGGUUGAUAAUCUAUAGUCAAAAACGCAACACACCUCUCAACAAUACCGUGUCGAAUGGGCUUUCUUUAUUCUCUCUAUCUGGCUUACACGAACCAGCCUAUUGA